CCAUUCCGGAAAUAGAACGCAGACAUAUUGACUGCAGACCCAGUUUCAAAAUGGCAAAAGCUGCGCUAGUUUUGACUGCCUUUCUGGCGAUAUUUCUCGUUAAAGUGGACGCUGGCAUGGACUUCGACUGGGACUAUUUCAGAGACUUUUUAGGUAAGAGGCCAUUCAGUUAAAUUAACACGAAACUCUUGAAUCAAUGUGUAACAUAAUAUUAUAUUAAUAUACGAAAGAGAUCUUACAAAAUAAAGCGCCAGUCAAAAAAGACUUGAUGAGAGUUGGUAGUCAUGAAUUGUUACAGGGGAGACUUCAAGCUCUAGAUUAACAAAAUGAAGGUUUGAUGAAUAUUCCAACUAUGUUUUAACUUAAUAGAAUGCACAGGCCAAUGCGUGUUUCUCGAGUUUGUAUAUCCGAUACAACACGGAAGCGAAUGUUGUAUAUGGCUUGUAAAACAUCAUUAUUGUUCAACAAUUUAAAAUAAAUGAAUGAUAUUUGGUGAGAAAAUUGAACUUCAAGUUUCUGUAAAUUAGCAUGAUCCUGUAUCAGAUAUACAAACUCUCCUUCACACUCAAGAUUUCUUUUGUGUUUUCUUCAUGAAUGAAUUAUUAAUGAGUCGCGUAAAGUCUCAUACAACAGAGACAGGAAUAAUGUAUAAGAAACACCCCCAAAAUAAACGUCUGGUAUGCAGGCUAAAUAUAUAAUAGCUUUGAUUGGUCAUGAAUGACCAUGAAUAUUUAAAGUUGAUUUACAUCAGCAGGAUUUUGUAUUUCAUGGUUUAAUAUGAUGUCGUUACAAUUCUUGUCCAGGGACGUUCCUAGCGAUAGCUGGUGAGGGGGGGGGGAUAAACUAAAAAAAUUUGGCCCCUUUCCUUUCUGGGGCCCACCCCUCAAAUUUUUUUUCUGGAAAACAAAAAUUUAUCCGGAAAAUGAUAGCGAUGGGGCGGGGUCGCCAUUUUUUUGCGAAAAUAUAACGUGCCAAAACAUUUUUCCAAACAUUAUUUUGCGAUAAUGGGGGGUUAAAAAUACUUUUUUUCAGACUUUUUUCAAGCUCUAUUUUUCAGAAUAUUACUUAAUAUUUAACACAUAUUUAUUCGAGCGUUCCGGGGCCCCCUCUGGGAAAGUUGGGCCCCUUUCUUGACUUUUCUUUGGGGGUGUUACACCCCCCACAACCGCACAGUAGUUCCAGCCCUGUUCUUGUCUAACCAAUUAACGAACGUGAGUUUGGUUAUGUUUUAAAUCCUCCUCACCAAAAACUAACCCUUAUGCCUUAGUUAUUGAACACUUGUACCAUGAUGAGCGAAUAUUCAAAUAAAUAAAUACUUGCGCAUUCUUUCUAUUAAGCUCAUAUUAUACAACCUGACCCAUGUGGCGCAGACGUCAUCGCCUAUUACAAGUUUGACCGAUCUGUUCGAGAUGUUUGCUUCGGCCACAACGCUCAGAAAAAUAGCGGUACCCCUGUACUGGACCCAUCAACAGGUAUAUCGAAUGCAGCAGUCAAAUUUCAAGGCUUCCAGUCAUCGCAACUCCAUGUACCUAGCCUAAAUGGUUACGCAUGGGGAUCGAAGUUCUCUGUUAGCUUUUGGUUUAAAACGUCAACACGUUGGCAUCAGAAUAUCCAAGGUCUUAUUAACAAUGGUCCCGUGAGCAAUGAAACUACCAGUUCAGGCAGUUUGGAAAUAUAUCUUAAUACUGGUAAUUAUAUUGGUGCAUCUAUUGUGACGUCACACUCGGCAAAAGCCUGGCCUAGGAUAACUACAGCCGUUCCACGUCAUUGGCAUCAUCUGGUUAUGACGUACGAUGGCAAAACUAUCAAUUUUUACCUCAACAACCACCUUAAGUUAACCGACACGGAGUGUUGCCAUGGGAAUAUCGUUAGCAAAAAUAGCGACGUUGUGCUUGGUCAUAUUGAAAGAUACUAUGGCUAUGGCUAUGACUAUAGCUAUGGCACGCAGGCUAUUAAUAGCUACAUUGACGAAAUGAAAUUGUUUAAAAAAGCUUUAACCGCUCACGAAGUUCUAAAACUUUAUCGUCUUAAAGUAGUUUAAACAGUCACAAUGAAACAGUUUCUAAGAACCUUGAAAAUCGAACUUAAACGUUAUUGGGACUUGAUAAAAGUUAUGAUUAGGUUUAAUAAUAAGUGAAAUGUUAUUGGGACUUGAAACAUGGUGCAUUAAUUAAAAACGUAAUUAGGUCAUGGGUGGAAUAGAAAUUUUGUUCAAAUGUAAUGAUUCGAAGAAAUGUGAUUAAAAAGAUUAAUAUUAGAG